CUGUCAAAUUUAUUAGCAAGUACAACAGACUGGUCCAUUGGGCCACGGCUUGUGUUGAGAAUGACAUUAGGAGCAGAAAUUACUAGCCAGCUGAAGACUUCUUCAUACAUAGCAUCAGGCCGGAACCUUUUGAGAUGGGACCUGUCACCAGUGCAAAUUAGAACAAGAACAGAAGAACUGAUCAGGAAGACAAAGCAUGUAUAUGACAGUGUCGGGAUGCUUGAUAUUGGAGAAGUAAAGCAUGAGAAUACUGUACGAGCCUUGGCAGAUAUAGAAGUGGAGUAUGCAGUGGAAAGAAGCAUGUUGGAUUUUCCCCAGCAUGUCUCACCUGACAAAGAGGUACGCUUAGCAAGCACAGAAGCUGACAAAAAGCUUUCUAAUUUUGAUGUGGAGAUGAGCAUGAGAGAAGAUGUGUUUCAGAAGAUUGUUUAUUUGCAGCAAACCUGCAAUCUUGAAAAUGUAAACCCUGAAACAAAGCGAUAUCUAGAGAAAUCAGUUCAAGUGGGAAAAAGAAAUGGACUCCAUCUUCCUAAAGAAGUGCAGAAUGAAAUAAAGACGAUGAAGAAAAAAUUGAGUGAGCUGUGUAUAGACUUCAACAAAAACUUGAAUGAGGAAAACACUUUUCUUGUAUUUUCUAAGGAAGAACUUGAAGGCCUUCCUGAUGACUUUAUUAAGAGUUUAGAGAAGACUGAGGAAGAUAAAUAUAAAAUUACUUUAAAGUAUCCCCACUAUUUUCCUGUCAUGAAGAAGUGCUGCAUUUCGGAAACCAGGAGAAAGAUGGAAUUUGCUUUUAACUCGAGAUGCAAAGAGGAGAACACAAAAAUUCUUCAGCAGUUGCUUCCACUAAGGGCAAAAGUAGCAGAGCUUCUUGGUUAUAAUACACAUGCCAACUUUGUCCUGGAGGUAAACACUGCAAAGAGCACAGAUAACGUAACAGCCUUCUUAGAUGAUUUGAGUAAGAAGCUAAAGCCAUUGCUUGAGGAAGAAAGAGAAUUCAUCCUAGAUUUGAAGAAAAAGGAGUGUAAAGAAAGAAACUUUGAUUAUGAUGGAAGAAUCAAUGCAUGGGAUCUUCAUUAUUACAUGAACAAAACAGAAGAGCUGAAGUACUCCAUAGACCACGAAAAGCUGAAGGAAUACUUCCCAAUUGAGGCUGUUACAGAAGGCUUACUGACUAUUUACCAGAAGCUGCUGGGACUUGUAUUUGAGCAAGUAGAAAGUGCUCAUGUUUGGCACGACAGCGUUACUCUUUAUACAGUAAAGGAUAAUGCAACAGGAGAAAUGUUAGGGCAGUUCUAUUUGGACCUUUACCCCAGAGAGGGAAAGUAUGGGCAUGCAGCAUGCUUUGGUCUCCAACCCGGCUGUCUUCUCUCUGAUGGCAGCAGAAUGAUGUCUGUAGCUGCUUUGGUAACCAACUUCACAAAACCAGCAUCAGGUCGCCCAUCAUUGCUGAGACAUGAUGAAGUAAAGACUUACUUCCAUGAAUUUGGUCAUGUAAUGCAUCAGAUAUGUGCACAGACUGAUUUUGCUAGAUUUAGUGGAACUAAUGUGGAAACAGACUUCGUAGAGGUACCUUCACAAAUGUUUGAGAACUGGGUGUGGGAAAAAGGACCACUACAGCAAAUGUCAAGACAUUAUAAAGAUGAAAGCCACGUUGGAGACACUCUGCUUGAGAAGCUUGCUGCCUCUAGGAUGGCUAAUACAGGCUUUUUAACCCUCCGUCAGAUUGUUUUGAGCAAAGUUGACCAGGCACUGCAUACAAAGCCAUCUGUUGACCCAGCAGAUGAAUAUGCUAAAUACUGUGUGGAGAUUCUAGGAAUUCCUGCCACCCCAGGAACAAACAUGCCAGCUACUUUUGGACAUCUGGCAGGUGGUUAUGGUGGUCAGUACUAUGGAUACCUGUGGAGUGAAGUGUUUUCCAUGGACAUUUUUUAUAGCUGCUUUAAGCAAGAAGGAAUAAUGAAUCCAAAGGCUGGGAUGAAAUACAGAAACCUCAUUUUGAAACCUGGAGGAUCUUUGGAUGGGAUGGAUAUGCUGCAAAAUUUCUUGGAACGUAAACCAAGUCAGAGAGCUUUCCUACUGAGUAAGGGGUUAUGUGUUCAGUAAAAUUAUGGAUCCUUUGUAAUGGUAUAUAAGUAUGGAAUGAGCUGGAAAUGUCAGAAAUGUGAUUUUU